UUCACUCGAAAAUUUCGUUACAUCAAUCAAAUCGAGCAGCACAAAAUAUUUAAACAGCAUGAACAUUGGAUAGGUGGGGACUGUAAUCCAUCGGAUGUCGGAAGAAUAGAGGCGGGACUAUUUUUAGGAAUGUCCAAAAGUAUUUUAGGCCUAAGCAUAAAGUCGUUUCCGUUGCUGCAAAGAACCCCGAUCCGUCGUCCAUUUCUGCGACUGAAUUUUGCCCAGGUUCUUCGGACAGCCAAUAUUAGUUUCUGCGAUUGCCAGGGUCCCCCAAAGAUGGAUCUACCCGAGGGAAUCCUGAUGGGCUUCGGCAAUCCCCUGCUGGACAUCACGUGCACCGUCGAGGACAACGUGAUCCUGGAGAAGUACGGCCUGGAGGCGAAUGCAGCCAUCAUCGCCGACGAGAAGCACGACGCUCUGUUCGACGAGCUAAUGAACAUGGAGAACGUUAUCUAUUCCGCAGGCGGAGCCUGCCAGAACUCGAUGCGGAUCUUCCAGUGGAUCGUACAGACCCCCUUUCGAGCCGUCUUCACCGGAGCCGUGGGCAAGGACAAGCUGGGCGAUCGCAUCGAAAAGAGGGCCAGAGCCGAUGGCAUACUAACACUCUACCAGCUGAAGGACGAACUGCCGACAGGAUCCUGUGCGGUGAUCAUCAAUGGCCAGAACCGCUCCUUGGUGGCCAACUUGGGGGCUGCCUCGCUCUUCACCGAGGAAUGGGUGGACGAGGAGGAGAACGAGUGCGCCUUGAGUCGGGCCACCUACUUCUACUUCACCGGCUUCUUUCUGGCCGUCUGCGCCCCGGUCGUCGAUCGCAUCGCGCGGAUGUGCUGCGAGUCCAAGCGAAUUGUGAUCCUCAACUUCAGUGCCGUCUUCGUGCUGCAGAUGCAGCGGGAGGCACUGGCCAAUAUCCUGCAAUAUGUGGACAUUAUCAUCUGCAAUAAGGAAGAGGCCAUUGCUUAUGGGGACACCAACGACUGGAAGACGAAGAACAUCUUUGAGAUCGGAUCGCGGCUGCAGAAAUUGCCCAAGGCCAAUUGCCGUCCCCGCUUGGUUAUGAUCACGGACGCCGUGUGCCCGGUGCUGGUGUUCCAGGACAACGAUCGCGUUCUGGAGUACCCGGUGCCCAAGGUGAAGCCCGGCGAGGUGUUCGACACCAACGGCUGUGGCGACGCCUUCGUCGGCGGAUUCCUGGCCAUGUACGUCCAACGGAUGCCCCUGGAUUACUGCAUCCGCACGGGAAUAUUCGCUUCCCAGCAGGUCUUGAACGUAGUCGGUGUUCAGAUCGACAAGCUGCCAAAAUUCAGCGAAAAGUGCAUGUGAUAGGCGGCAGUACAAAAUUUAUUCCAUUAAAUUCCAAAUUUUAAAGUUUAAAUACAGUAUCUUUCUGCAAUCCGCUUGCCAAACGCAAAUGUGUUAAGCCAAAUAAAUUCUUAACUUGAUUACC